GCAGUCACCGUCACCAUGACGACACCGACCCCCUCCCCAACCGCAUCCCCCACCACCUCUCCUACGCCGGCCGGCCCGUACCCGGGGUCCCCCACCGACGGCGGCGGCGACGGCAGGCCCACCGAGUGCCGCCUGCUCGGCUCGUUCGCCAUCCUGGUGCAGCUCGCGCUCGGCGCGCUGGCGCUGCUCUCGCUCGUGUACAAGCGCUGGCGCGAGCGCCCGCAGCGGCCCGUCCGGAUCUGGUGGUUCGACGUCUCCAAGCAGGUGUUUGGCAGCGUGCUGGUGCACGCCGCCAACGUGUUCAUGUCCAUGCUGACCAGCGGCCGGUUCAAUCUGCGCGUGAACCCGGGGGGGGACGGAAGUGGCAGCGGCGGCGGCAGCAACAGCGGCGACGACGGCGGGGUGUAUGUGCCGAAUCCGUGCUCGUUUUACCUGUUGAAUUUGGCUAUCGAUACUACUAUCGGCAUUCCGAUAUUGAUCGUCAUCGUGAGGGUGCUCACGCGCCUCGUGGCCUUCACGCCGCUCGGGCAGCCGCCCGAGUCGAUACAGAGCGGCAACUACGGCAGCCCGCCCAACGCGUGGUGGUGGUUGAAGCAGAGCAUCAUCUACUUCUGCGGCCUGAUGGGCAUGAAGUUCUGCGUGCUGGUGAUCUUCAUGAUGCUGCCCUGGCUGCCGCACAUCGGCGACUGGGCGCUGGGCUGGACCGAGGGCAACGAGAAGCUGCAGAUCGUCUUCGUCAUGAUGCUGUUCCCGCUCAUCAUGAAUGCUCUGCAGUACUACAUCAUCGAUUCCUACAUCAAGAAACAGGAGGCUCUCGCCGCCGACGGCGAGGCUGGCUCGGGCGAGACGGUCGUCUACGAGGAGCUGGGCAGUACAGAGACGGAUGAGAGUGAUGACGAGGGCGAGGCGGUGGAUGAAGACGCAAGCAAGACUGUGGAUAGAGCUGGAAAGGGUGCACAUUUGCGUCAGGCGCCGCGGGACUCGGCGGCCGGGCUGUCCAGUCGUGAUGUCGAGUACGAUCCGGCGGUGGACGGCGACAGCCAAACGGUGAUUGGCAGCGGCUCGAGCGCCGUCUCGAGCAGAGGGACGCUGCCGAAGGAGCUGCUUCCGACCGAGUGAGCGCUUGUUGGGUCUCUCAGGGUGUUUUGGUUGUUUGUUCAUUGCGCUGGGUGAUUUGGUUGAGGAGUUCUUCUGUGUUGGCGUUGACAUGGGCGCAUUAUUGUCUUCUGUGUUCACAUCAUCCCUUGUGGUGUCAUCCAUUGUUACAUACACGCAUUGGGUUCGGGUUCUUAGAGGUUCAUGGGCCUAGCUAUAUCACUUGACCGACAUACAGGGAGUUUGUUUGGGUUGAACACAGCGGUGUCGGGAAUAUACUCCGCACAUUUUC